CCGAACACACCCAUGGCAUGUACAGGGUAAACAUUCAACGUGGGAAUGUGGACCCAAUGUUUAACCGUUUUUAUGUCUGCCUCCAUUGUCAUGGCGUCAUCAGACACCAAACACGUCUGCCAGUACCCCGGAUGUGAAUGUAAAACACUCUCCGACUCAACUUACACAUUGACGUGUCACAAGGGCAGAGUCUUGACACUGAGUGUCGACCCACACGCGACCAACACCGUCAUCAGGGUUCAAAUGCAGUGUAGCGGAGAGCCCACUGACACGGAACUACUUUUUAGUCAUAAUAUCGACCUGCAGCACGUGCAGGAGAUGAGCAUACAGGAUUGUGUGACGUCAUGGCCGUUUGUGGAGGGCACCCGUCUCUCUCAGCUCACAACGUUGUACUUGAACAAUGUCACGAUAGCGAACAUGACACUGAAUGACCUCGUGACCUGGUACCCCGUCCUCGACACCCUGCGUGUGACCCACUCAGAUCCCGCCAUUGCAUCAUACGAAUGUACAGUCCGUCUGGAACCUCGACGAAAUGCUUCAUUGGACGAUACUGUGAACGUAACUGAUUCUGAUUGCAAUGAAAUUUCAACGACACCAAAUCAAUUAACAAUACUCGAUUUAAGACAUAAUAAUUUAACCAGUGUUCCACCUUUCGUCGGCAACUCGCCGAAUUUAUCCGUGUUAUAUCUACAGUUCAACAAACUAGACGGCCUUCCUUCUGAAAUAUUUCAUUCUUCAUCAAACUUGACCAUACUGGAUCUUUCGGGGAACCGUUUGAGAACACUUCCGGUUAAUGUGUUAUUAGAGCAAGUACACCUGAGACAUUUGAACCUGUCGCACAACCAUCUAUUCAGCCUCCCGUUUCGAAUGCUGGCAAACACACGCAAUCUGACUCAUCUGGACCUCUCCUUCAACCGUCUCAAAUACAUCCCUUCCGCCAUGUUCCGCAACCUUCGUCAUCUCACAUCACUGAACUUGAACCUCGAACUCAAUCUCCUUCCUGAUGCGCAGCCACUUGCCGAUCUCACCAGUCUCGCGCAGCUGUAUCUAGGUAACAACGAGUUAAGAAGGAUUCCUGACAUCACUUCCUGUCACGAACUGCGUGUGGUGGACUUCCGGUAUAACCUGCUAACCAGCACCUACAGCAACUCUUUCAAGGGCCUGAGUAAACUGGAAGGCAUCGGUAUGAAACAUAACCGUCUCACAACACUGAUAGUCCGUCACUUGUGUGUCUCUCCAAUACUCGGUAUUCUCGACCUUUCCUUUAAUAAUAUCACCAGCAUAAACGACAACCCAGACAUAGGUUCCAAAGAGGUAAAUAAGAGUUCGUUCUCGAUGCUCAGCAAAGUUUCAUUUCUCAACCUUCAGCAUAAUAAACUGUCGCACAUCCACGGUGUUGGGUCGGUGUUCACAGGCCUUAAAUAUCUCUUCGUCGAUAACAAUAUGAUCUUCAGCCUCCGCAUGUCCCAGAAUGACCUACCAGCAUCUGUUGAAUGGUUCAGCGCCAGUUUCAACAGGAUUGAAAUAAUCGAGCGCAAUUUUUUUAAGUCAUUACCCAACCUGACAGCCGUCAGCUUACAACAUAACUACCCGCAUCUGACUAAUCUGCCUCUCCAGCUUGUACAGGUUGUGCCCAAUAGGAGACCCAAGAUGUACCUGUCAGGGAAUCUGUUCAUGUGUGACUGUAAAAUGGCUUAUCUGAAAACGUACUAUAAAGAAAGAAACAGAGAGGUCUUCAGGACGUACUAUCCAGUAUUUGCGGAUCUACAAGAAGUCAAAUGUAUAACCCUGAACAACGGGACUGUGAGGAAAUUGAUUGACGUCCGUGAAGACGAGUUCAUGUGUCUGAAUGGAGAUAUUGUAUGUGAGCGGUAUUGUGCAUGCUGCUUGGGAGAAAACAGCAAAAGUUGCCCGUGCCUUCACAGGUGUCCCGAGCGUUGUCAGUGCUACGAGGGCGGAUCUCCCUGGGGGGUGUAUGACUACAAGGUCUUCUGUGACAACACCUCACUCACCACAGCUCCUCAUGACGUUGCUCCAGUUACCACGUACCUUCAUCUUGAAAACAACAACAUCACUGUGGUGGAGAAAAAUGACUUGUUCUAUCUAAAGCAACUAAAGAAGCUAUGUUUAAAUAAUAACAGUAUAUCAAGUCUUCAGCCUGGCUGUUUCAAUGGUCUUGGUGAACUUACUGAAUUGCACUUGCAGUUCAACCAGCUGCAGAGUCUAUCGGCUGAGAUGUGGACGGGGCUGGGGAACCUCACCCAUCUAUACCUUCAGAAUAACCUCCUUCACACGUUAAGGUGGAACGUGUUCAGUAACCUCACACACCUGCAGUACCUGGACCUCAGUAAAAAUCUCCUCACACGUGUAAGCGCUGACUACUUCCCGCCACACACAACCCUGUCUACCAUUACAAUUACCCAGAAUCCACUGUCGUGUUCCUGUUCCCAUAUUGAAGAAACUCUCUCCUUUCUGGCGCUCUAUGGCUACUGUGUAUCGUCAUUGGACGAUCUGUGGUGCUUCUACGAGAACACAUCAGAUAACAGUGUCAUGGCAAAUUCUAAUCCAAGAUUAUCGUACAAUUAUUCUCAAGAUAUGUUGUUGAUAAAGGACUUUGACGUUGAUAAAUGUAUCGAGAAUGUGACUCAUUUGAACGAAACAUGGUAUGACAACAAACGGUAUGAAGAGGACAACCGAUAUAAUAUCACCUUAAUAACUCUCUGUGUAUUGGUGAUGAUUGUUGUAGUUGCUGCUGGCGUGACGUACUGGAAACGUCGAGAGUUGCAGGCGUUGCUUUACGUCAAGUUCGGUGUUCGCGUUCGACCCAAGAACGCCAAACUUGAUGAAACGGGACGCACGUACGACGCGUUUGUAUCGUACAGCAGCCAUGAUGAACGUUUGGUGGUCAAGGAGCUGGCUCCGAGGUUGGAGGAAGGAAUGAGGGAGCACAGACAUCUUUACAAACUGUGUCUUCACUACCGGGACUUUCCUGUCGGAGAUUGUAUAGCAGACACUAUCAUAGAGAGCAUUGAGGCCAGUAAACGUACCAUCAUGCUGCUCUCCGACAAUUUCUUGGCAAGCGAGUGGUGUCGCUACGAGUUCCAAACCGCUCACCACCACGUGCUCAAAGAGCGUUCUCAUCGACUCAUCAUUGUGUUGUUACACGACCUUGACGACAGCAAGCUAGAUCCAGACUUGCGGGUGCAUUUGAAGGCCGGCAACUUUUUGCGUUUCAAUGACCCCUGGUUUUGGGAAAAGCUCUAUUUCGCUUUACCAGACGUACCAGUGGAAACAGGCAAAAAGGGGAGACAAUUCAAGGACGGCGAUGCACCCAGGGAUGGUGAGGUGAAUCUGAACUUCCAUUUUCCUGAUGGUACUCCUUUAUAGCAAGUUUAGUACACAAAGAUAUGAGGCAAAAGGAUAUUAAUGCUCAGUACAAGUUUUAUUACAAAUAUUAUACUGUUGUUCAUUGUUUUAUGUCGUAUAUAAUAUGAUUAACAUUUGUACAUUUGAAUAAAUUGUUAUGAUAAA